GAGUAUGAUAGUCUUGUUCUCUCUGCUGCUCUUCCGUGCACAUCCUUUGUGAACUUGACUAGCAAUGGCCCCACCCGCAAAGCCUGCUUCAACGCCAAAGCGCAAACCAUUCACUCCCAAGCCUCCCCGACCAGCAGAGGAACGCUUGCCUAAACUCUAUCGUGCCUUGACGGACCAAGUGGAUGAUGGGUAUUUUGAAAACGCCAUCAAAACCUGUAAGAAGAUUUUGACCCUUGACGCCUCAAGCCGAACUGCUUUCCAGACCCUUUUGUUCCUGCACCUUCAAACCGAUGAUUACACCUCCGCGCUCUCGCUUCUCGACCAUCCGUCUCAUGAAGAAUCACUUGGUUUUGAAAGAGCAUAUUGCUUAUACAGACUCCAUAGAGAGAAAGAGGCACUGGAAGUCUUGAAGGGGUUGAGUGAGAAGGGCCGUAAGAUAGACCAUCUAGAGGCGCAAAUCUUAUAUCGUCUAGGCGAGUACAGCCAGGCGCAAGAAAUUUACGAGGGAAUGCUUGCCGACUGCGAUGUUUCAUCCCCAGAACAUGCUGAUAUUGUCACCAACCUAUCCGCUACCACAGCGCACCUCGACUUCGACACUCACGGAUACCAUUCCCACCUCUCCACUACGGUCUCCUCUACAUCCCAAACCCCGAUGAACACUGCAGACCUUGAGAACAUUGUGCCUUCUUUGCCUACUGGCUGGUCAUCGGGUGGUCUGGCAGCUACAGUGGAAAAGAAAACGGCAACAGUCAAGGCGCCGGAAGAGAAGAAUGAAAGAAGCAGGCCCAGGCAUAAGUUACCUAAGGGGGCUGUUGCUGGAAAGGAAUUCACAGAAGAUCCCGAAAGGUGGAUCCCUCUUCGCCAGAGAUUGUCAUACAUUACUGCUCAGAGCAAAAAGAAGGGCGCCAAGGAGAGUAUGGGUACGGGCUUCACGCAGGGAAGUACUGGCGGCCACUCUGGAGGCAGUGGCGGCGGCGGAAAGAACAAGAAAGGUAAAAGGAAAUAAUGACUGUGGCCCUGCCAUGUAGCAUGUAGGAGUGCAAUGAAACUUGGCAAAACUAGCGCCGGUUCUUCCAUCAAACCGAAUUCCGUCAUCCGAGCCAUAAAUAAAAAAGAAGGGGGAAGAAUUACACCUAUUAGCUUCAACCCUAUAAACCUCCUUUCCCAUGAGCCCAUAGCUG